CCCGCUGGUGCCGCAGGCGGGCAGGCUGGAGGGCUUCCCGCCCCCGCCGCGGGGCCGGGGGCCCAGGAUGUCCUCGUCGUCCUCGGAGGAGUGCCGCUCGCCCGUGGGGCUGGACUGCUGCAGCUGCUGCCUGGACCUGGCCAACCGCAGCGGCCCGGAGGACGCGGCCGGGGGCAACGGCAACCCCCUGGGCAGCCCCACGGUGAGCAACUUCCGGCAGCUGCGGGAGCAGCUGGUGUGCGAGAACCUCAACGCCGACAAGCUGAGCAGCAUCAUGCGGCAGGACUCGCUGGAGCCCGUGGUGCGGGACCCCUGCUACCUGCUCAACCAGGGCAUCUGCAACCGGAACAUCGACCAGACCAUGCUCUCCAUCCUGCUCUUCUUCCACAGCGCGUCCGGAGCCAGUGUCGUGGCCAUCGACAACAAGAUCGAGCAGGCCAUGGAUCUGGUAAAGAACCACCUGAUGUAUGCAGUACGGGAGGAGGUGGAGAUCCUCAAAGAGCAGAUCAAAGAACUGGUGGAGAAAAACUCGCAACUGGAGCGAGAGAACAACCUCUUGAAAACCCUCGCCAGCCCUGAGCAACUGGAAAAAUUCCAGUCCCGGCUCCCUACAGAGGUGCUGUCUCCAGAGGAGAAGAGCCCCGGGGCAGCCCCAGCCCAGCAUGCUGGGGGCUCUACGGUGUAAGGUGGCUCUGUCCUUGGGGUGGGCAGAGCCACGGAACUUUUUCUACUUAUCUCCUCCCAAGUUGUUUCCUCCCUGGUCUCCUGUGGAGAACUUCCCAACCUAGCGAUAGCUGGUGCUGAGAGAUGCUCUGAGGGCACUGCCCGCAUUGCUGUAUACGUGACUGUCUUCUGCAGGAAGGAGCUCUGUGAGUGAGGCAUUGCACUGGGGUGCAGCCCGAGCAGACAAGCCCACGCCUGGGAGUCGCAGCUGCAGGUUGUCUGCUCAACAUGAGCUAAAGCAAACCCAGGGGAGUCUUCAAACACUGGCAGCACAAGGUGGCCCAAGGGGGUCUCUUGGCAUGUUCAUGGGAAUGCAGAGCUGAGAGGGGCCUGGCUGCAUGCCAGCUGAGUACUCUUGCUGCAUCGAUCAGCAGGUCUCCCAGUUCAUUUGACAGAGACUGACUGCUGGAAGAAGCCAGUCAUUGCUUAGAGAGAGAUGCAAAUCUGUCCUGCCAGCCACCCUGAAGUGUGCUGGGGCAAGAACUAAACACUGACCUAGCCAGCGCGCUCAUGUUGGCGAUUGUGCUAUAAUGCAUGGCCUGUACACACAACAGUUUGGGGAUUUCAAGGAAAAGCUGUUAGUUUUGGGGGUUGCUUCUGUCCAUGUCUAUAUGUACCACAAGCGCGCACACAGAUGGUGAUGGCAGCAUCUGCUGAACCUGUGUUUGAUUGUGGGACAUGUGCCCAACUUUAUACAGUUGGGGCAUGUGUGGGCCUUAAAGUCAGGACUGGCAGUAGGAUGCUUAGAAGCUGUUUUUAAAAAAGGUGAAUGGUGUUGCCUUGUUGUGGGUUUAUCUUUUCUAAUAUGUAGUUUGCCCCAUGGAAAAGUGGUGACCGAUACUUUCAUGCUGACCAGCACAGAGAGAGGCUGACAGAGCCGCUGGACACCCACAGAGGAGACAUUUUGUUUUUUUAAAAUAAAAACAGACCAAAUGCCAAUCAAAAACUUGUAAUAAGGACAGAAGGAUGGGACGGGUGUGUCCCAUCGUGGGGCUCAGUGUGACAGCCGAAGUUAUUGGCUCAGUGAGCUUCCCCCCUUCAGCACAACACUGGGAGUGGACGGGGCGUCACGUGUGACGUUGGACAGUCAGAGCGUUUAUGUGAUUGUGUAAAUCUAGACAGAAAUGGCAAUAAACUCUACUUUUUUAUAAA